UUUGACAUUCGUCAAGUACAUUCGUUUCAUCUAUAACCCUGACAGCCGCAAAAGUGGACAGUGUUUGAUAUCCUCGACCUACUUAAUCCACCUCCUGCGCGAAGAUAAUCGUAAAUAUGCCGCGCUCCACAACAGUAUGGGCCGCCGCCCUGGUGCUCGCCAGCUUUUCGGGCUCUGGCCCCAUGCUCACCACAGCAGAGGCCAUGCCCGCAGGCCCGCAGCCAACACAAGACCGACCCAGAUACUAUUUCCCACGGCAUGUCAAGCGACAGAUCGUCACAAACACCACUGCGCCAGCAUUACCAACGUCCUCAUCUUCCACCUCGUCAUCAAGCAGCUCGUCUGAACAGCUGCAAUCGCGACAGUUCCCAGAUUUUACAUCGUUUGUCGAUUCCCUAUUCCGCGGUCGACCUGACACGUCGUCCUCAUCGGCGUCUUCUUCACGUCUCUUUGUCAGCAAGAGCGACGUGGACGCUACGAGCACAGUUGCACCCCCUCGACAGGUCAUCCCCACAGUAGCUCCUGAUACGCGCGAGAGACUGUCUGGAACCGGGAACCUGCGAGUGCCACCUCCUCCAGUUUCAUCCUCAUCAUCGGAAGAUGUCGUGCUACCGCCCCCACCGCCACCAUCAAGCUCCAAUGGAGGAUCGUCACGCAAUCUCCUCUCUGUGAUUGUUGCACCAAAGCCUACGCCGACACCCAGCCCCGAAAACCCGACUGAGGACCCAGAAGAGACCCCUAGCACACAAAGGCCGCCUCCAGUUGCUUCAACUGGUGCGCUUCCCACGACAAUCAUCCGGCCUACCCCCUCGCCUGAGCCUGUGGUUGAGCCGGAACCAGUCCCCACUCGUUCCUCCGCGCCUCCUGCGACGACUACAGAAAGUGAAGUAAAGAAGCCUCUUCUAGGCUCCUCUGGCCUCAUUCCAGACGUCAUAGGCUCCACCGGUCUGAUUCCAGAGAUUAUCGUCAAGCCUACUUCUUCCGCGCCCAACUCGCAAGCUGCAGAGGUCGAGAAGCCUACUUCCACCCUGACGAGCUCGCAGUCCGCCAAGGUAGAGAGGCCUCUUCUAGGAUCUACCGGCCUGAUUCCAGACAUCAUCGUCAAGCCAACUUCUUCCCCACCUAGCUCGCAAGCUGCUGAGGUCGAGAAGCCAACUCCCACCCAGACUAGCUCCAAGACUCCUGAGGCCGAUAAGCCUCUCCUAGGCUCUACCGGCUUGAUUCCAGAGAUCAUCGUCAAGCCAACUUCUGCCGCACCUAGCUCGAAAUCUCCCGAGGCGGAUAAGCCGCCUCUUGGCUCUACUGGUCUGAUUCCGGAAAUCAUCGUCAAGCCGACUUCUGCCCCACCUACCUCUCAAGCCGCCUCAUCUGGUAAAGGGCCCGCCGUCAUUGUCUUGCCGACUGAAUCGCCUUCUUCCUCUCGUGGCGGACCGGUCGGUGGACUUCUCUCGACCCUUCUUGGUGGUUUGGUCGGAUCAACGGGUGUAGUCCCUUCUUCUGUUGUUCUACCUACCCAGUCUGCCUCUUCUCCAGAUGAACCUGUAUCUUCUGGGCAAUCUGGGCAGCGCAUUGCGUCCACAGGAGGAGUGCCAGAGAGUAUUGUGACCCCCACAGUAGGCCCUGGUCGAUCUACCGCAUCGUCCUCGCCCGAUGCAUCCAGCUUCCUGGGACCUUUCAUUGUUCCUGGCACAACCGGAGGUCUUCCUGAGACUGUCCUACGGCCUACCUCUACCGGUCUGCUCGGUGGUCUUCUGUCUUCAAUCCUAGCACCCCUCGAGCCCACACCCACGCCAGAGAUCGGCUCUACUGGAGUUUUCCCCAGCAGUGUUGUCCUUCCUACAGGUGCUAUUGUAUCAUCUUCUGGUGAGCGACCACUCCUGCCACUGCCAACUUCUGGUAUCGUAGUCGGAAUCACCACUGCAUUGGGAACUGGAAUUAUCAGGCCGACACCAACCGCGCCACUCCUAAGCUCUGGGGCCAUCCCUACGUCGGAAGCCUCGCCUGCCAGCUCUGGUCUGCUAGGUCUGCCAUCGAUCCUGUCGUCCCUUGUUUCUGAGCUCCCUGGCGUAUUGCCUACUAGCUCUGGUCUUGGCCCGACUGCACCAACCCCAUCUGCCUCUCUCUCCGCGUCUGGUAUCCUGCCUCCUGUGGCCUCCUCCUUGGUCUCAGACCUCCCUAGCAUCCUGUCCUCGGCAGUUUCUGAUCUCCCACCAACUGCCCUGCCCUCGGUUUUGUCGAGCAUUCUUUCAAGUGUAGGGUCCCUCCUGCCGACUGCAUCAGCCCCUCUACCUUUGUCGAGCGGCUUGCCAACGCUCCUCCCGUCGUCCGGGGUUCUACCAUCAUCUGGCGUCCUGCCGUCUUCUGGCUUUCUACCAACUUCUGUAGUCCCAUCGUCUUCUGGGGUUCUGCCAUCUUCUGGUGUUCUGCCGUCAUCUGGAGUUCUUCCGUCUUCCGGUGUUGUACCGUCAUCCGGAGCUUUCCCGUCUACCGGACUAGUACCAUCGUCCUCGGUGGUGCCAACUUCUGAAGUUUUGCCUACGCCCUCAGAGACACGCAGCAUCAGCAUCACUCCGAUUUCGAGCAUCACACCUAGUGCUACAGCGUCGCCAAGUGGUGGCAUUCUGCCAUCCUCAGGCUCUCUAGGGACGUCCGCCGCGCCUCGUCCAACUCCCUCGACAAGCCAGUCUGUCGUCAUCCCAACGUCUGAAUCCCCUUCGACCAUUUCAUCUGGGCUACCUAGCAGCGCCACAAACACUCCUCCCAGUUCUGGAAACGCGACGAUUAGCGAUGCUCCUACCCCCUCGGUCGGGUCGACGCUAUCCGUUGCGCCCACACCAUCAGUCAUCCCAAGCAAGAGCGAGUCGGCCACGAUCCCUAUCCCCACGAUCCCAGUGGCAACGAACAAGCCUUCUGCUGUAGUAUCUCUGGCGCCAACGGGAACUGAUAGCGCGACAACGUUCAUUGUCGGAACCAGUAUCAUCCAGGAGCCGACCUCGAUCGCAUCGCCAAGCCCCACAUCCAGUGGCAUUCCCGCAUCAUUGCCAAAGAUGAUUGCUCCUCCUGGAGGAGCUCCGGGUGUUGUUUCCCAAGACAGCUUCAUGGGUCAGGUCUGCUUCAAGUGGAAGCUAAACUACCCAUUCGUGUCUGCCAAUGACGGUGGAAACCAGAUCUUCCACUACCUGCCUAUUGCUAUUGCCGACGGACUCAACAUUUCGGUCGCCGAGGUCAAGAACUUCGGAUUGAAGCCUCUUGACACUACGCAAUACCAGGGCUUCAUCACUACCUUGGCUCUGUUCACCAUCCCCAAGGACUUGCAAACCACACUUGCUGCUCAGCUUCGUAACCCUGUUGAUCCGUUCUGGCACAACAAGAACUCUACGGUCAACGACCUUACGAACCUGAUCAACACGGCUUGCCCUCUUCCCGCCGGCAAACUACCAGGUGACAAUAGCUCUCCAAACCCAGCCGCCGACCCUGCUGCUACGUCUACUGGUGGUGCCGGUGAUGGCGGCGCUCUCGGUGGUGACAUUGGUGCCAGCCGCAAGGUGAACUCUACCAGUGCCAUUGUCGCUAGCAGUGCCAUCGUCGGAGCUAUCGCCUACGGUGCUGCCAUGUUCUUCGUUGCUCGUAGGUACAGGAACAAGCGUGCGGCUCAUCAACGCGCCAGCUCGGUCCCCAGCACAAGCCGCAUGACGUAUGGCUCGAUUCCAGGCGGCGCUGCUGCUUGGAUGCACGGUGCCCGCAACGGUAGAAUGACGCCUGCCAGUCAAGGCAGCCGGGGGAGUAGCAGUAGCCAAGGGCGCAGCGUCCGAACACAGCAAAUCUCGGCACCCGUCAUGGCAGAGAACUCUCUCGGCUGGAACUGAGCGCGCGUGCCCGUCCUCUACCCCCACACGCGAGUCUGUGUGGCUGUACCAUAUUUGGGACGCUCGGGGCUCACCGAUCAGUGGCGUUCUCUUCAUGCCUUUUCGAUGUAUCUAUUGUACGGCGC